CAGGAAGGGAUUUACCGUCUUCGGUCGGCUGCUCGUACCUUCAGCUCCAUGUUCACCUGAGGCGAAAAGGUCUGUUGUUGUCGUCGAUUCUAUGUCUACGGGUGAAAUUCGUAUUAUUAUUAUUAUUGUUAUUAUUUGUUUGUUUGUAUUUAUUUAUUUUUUAACGGGAUUCAGCGAGCCGCGACUGGCAGGCGGAAGAGAGAGACGUAACGUAGGUGUUUGCGGUUAGCUUCGGUUGAGGUCCAGCACCUUGAACGCAGCGUCGGGGUUGUUUAUGUCACAAAAACCAAAGUAAAGUCAGUCCUGUCGGGUCAAAGGUUGCAGCAGUUCACCGAGCGGCGUCUCACCUGUUGAAUGUGUGACUAAAUUAAACUUUGACAUCGUCAAACUCGGGUUUUAUGAAAGCGUUGCAUAAUAAAUUCGGUGCAAACUGAAAGAAUCCGCGUCUGCUGCGUUGAUGUUGUUGUGCGAUUAGUGAAGCAGUGAGUCUCCUCACCGGCUGCAUGCAGCCAUACAGUAAAUGUGUGUUUAUAAUGACUCAGACCGUCACGGAAAUGUGACCAAAAGACAAAACUCUUUAGAAGUACACCUGCUGAUUAAUGACUGCAUUUAAAGCAGACGUAUUUCAUUUCAUUUUCUCAUACCUCUUAUACUCUGAUCUUUGCCACCGAUCAUGCUGUCGGCGUCGUUUAUGUCUCACAGACAAACAUCACAAUUUGUAUUGGGAGCAACAACAAAAAAAACAAACAACAAAAACAAGACGAUUUCAGAUUGUUUUUCACGGCGCUGACUUGCUUCUGCAUGCUCCUCAUUCCUUCUGUCUCCUGGAGAUUUUCCUGUAAACGCGCAACCUCUCUUUCUUCCCUUAUCAUUUUCUCCAGCUCUUAGAUUUUGUUUGUGUGCUUUGUGAGUGAGAGAGAGGGGUGGGGGAAGAGAGAGAUCCUGCCCUGCACAAUUGCAGGAAACGCGGCCGUCCACCUGGAGGGAUUAAUCAAGUCCAUGGGCUCCAUGGCAACUCUUGACAUCCACAACUCAGAUCCUCGGUGUGAAGGCUCCAGAAGUCCCGCGUUGACGAUGGCCGCUCAGUGAUCCCUCCGCCGCUCCAAUGGAGGCUCCGGUCACCGCCGCUUCCCCUCCUCCAAACUCCUCCUUCUCCUCCUUGUCGCCCCCGACGCCGCUGCGUCCGGCCGUGGCCCCGUCCGUCCAGCUGGGCUUCACCGCCCUCUACACCGCCCUGUACGGCGGCCUGUUCCUGGUGGUGUACGUGCAGCUGUGGCUGCUGUUCGUCUACAAGCACAAGCGCUGGAGCUACCAGAGCCUGUUCCUGUUCCUGUGCCUGCUCUGGGCCGGCCUGCGCACCACGCUCUUCUCCUUCUACUUCCACAACACGGCCCAGGCCAACCACCUGCCCGCCGCCGCCUUCUGGCUGCUCUACUGCUCCCCUGUGUGUCUGCAGUUCUUCACCUUCAGCCUCAUCAACCUCUAUUUCACCCAGGUUUUCCUGAAGAUCAGCGCCGCCUCAGACACAAAGCUAUGGGUGGCCCGGUGCGCCUACGCAGCCAUCAGUGUGAUCUUCCUUUGCGUCAAUGUGACGUGCGCCGCUCUGGGGGAGCGAGGCAGCAGCGGAGAGAAGGGCAAGCGCACCUGGAAGCUGGUGUUGGUCAGAGUGAUCGUUAACGACCUGCUGUUCAUCGUGGAGGCCGUGCUGCUGGCCGCCACGCUGCUGCUGCUCACCAGGCAGCCGCGCUCCUUCAGCCCAUACCUCAUGAGCAAGGGAACCACGGUGUGCCGCACUGCGGCUCUGGGAGCCGCGGUCAUCUUGCUGUUCCUCAGCCGGGCCUGCUACAACCUGACUGUCCUCUUCCUGUCCCAGAGCUACAAGGUGGAGUCCUUCGACUACGACUGGUACAACGUCUCCGACCAGGCUGACCUGCAGAGUGAACUCGGCGACAGAGGCUACCUGGCGUUCGGUGCCAUCCUCUUCAUCUGGGAGCUGCUCCCUACCAGCCUCCUCAUCCUCUUCUUCAGAGUCCACCGGCCCACUCAGGAGACCAGCAGUUUGGACAUCAACAACAGGGUUCUUCCCCGUCCGUACUUCUUCGAUGACCCAGAAGGCAGCGACGAUGAAAUACCGGCGCCGUGGGCUCGCAGCCCCGCUCAGAACCAAAGCUGGAAUGGAUCGGAGACUACGCCCCUCCUGUUUGCCAACAACCCCGCAGACCAGAGCCACCAGCACCACUCGUUCUACUCCACCCCCCAGAACUGAAACCAAACCCUCAUUCAUUCGCUGUCGUAAUUUUUACCUCACCUAGACAAUGACCUCAGGCGGAUGAGAACGGCGUGCGCAGCUACCGCCCAGCAUUACCGCACAGUCUGUGGUUGAAAUUGCACUGAAUAACCUCAGGAGAGCUAAGAAGAUGCACCUUGUAUUAUUAUUAUUAUUAUUUAGAUAUAUUGACACUUUCUCAGCUUAAAGGGAACAUUUUUGGUGGGAGAGGACCUGAUGGACUCCAUGAGGGUCAAACUAAGCAUUGUUUAUUUAUUUGCUUACUCACUGUGAACACAGGAGCCAAACUGACACUUCAUAUUACAUUCCUGGAUGGACUCAAAUCAGCUUAGUUGGGAACCACUGAGUAUGUAGAGCUGCUUAGGAAAGUGGCAUUUAUUAAAUACCAAGUGGUGCAUCUGAAACUGAUUCCAAUGCAAAGGAUAUGAUAUUUACUGCUGCCUGAAGAAGUUUUAUUAUUGCUGACGGUGGGAUUUCAUGUUUCUCAUUUCCAUCCUUAGCAUUGCUGCAGAUACUUGUGUGUAGUUUGUUUAUGGGGCAAUAACUUGUUUUUCUUUAGGGCUUUUUUUUUUUACUCCUCUCUGAGUUCAUGUGUUUGAUUGGAUGUUUUAAUUUAUUUAUCUUUCACAAAUGUAUUUUUUAUUGUUAUCUCAUCUGAAAAGGACCUGUGCAACAAUGCUGCCCUUGCUGGCAAUGAACCAAUAAACACUUUGACAUAAA